CAAAGAGAAGACUGGCACGAGCUACUUUACCAAAAUCCCAACGUAUAAACCCAACAGUUCUUCACACACAGAAAACUAAAAAAGAUGAGAGCUUUAGAAGAAUACAGACUCUCAAUCAUUUUUCUGCUUGUCUUCUCAAGUUUCAUCGGUUUCGGUCGAGCGAAUUCUGAAAUCCAGGGUAACGGGUCAUCAACUGAAGAGGGAGAGAUGGUGCCAUUGAUGGAGGAGAGGUUUGUGUUGGUGAAUGAGACAAGAAGGAAGCUUGGGAGUUUCCAGUUAUGUUCAGUGUGUACAUGCUGUGGAGGUUCUAAGGGAAUCUGUCUGGCUUCACCUUGUUGUUUUGCAAUCAAUUGCAACAUCCCGAACAGGCCCUUUGGUUACUGCUCCUUCACCCCUAAAACCUGCAACUGCUUCGGUUGCCACCUCUGAGAUCUUGCUUCUGUUCAUAGUGAUCUUUGAUCUCUUCUCCUUCUCCUUGUUCUUCUUCUUCUCUCUCCAUCAUCAUCAUCAUCACCACCUUCUUCUUCUUCUGUCUCCUCUCUUGUUUCUCCCUACAAAUUCUUGAUGUCUGGUUCUCAUUCAAGGCAAGGGCUUCUAUAUUGGUUUCUUCGGAAGAGUGAAAGGGAAGAAAAGAAUAUCAUCUGCUCUUGAUUUUGGCUUCUCCUCCUUUGCUCUUCUCCUGUUUUGCUUCAUAGUUUAUGUUAUCUCUUAUCAAAUUACAUGUCAAGUGGUCAUCAUCAUCAUCAUGAUUAUUGGUUUUUCUCACUGCCAUUCUGAAAUAUCUGAAGUUUUUUGUUGUUGUUGAUGCCUGAAGGUUAAACUAUUCUUCUUCAUAUUCCAGCCUAACUGGGAUGUCCAAGCAAAGAUGGUUUCUCCUCAAUCCAUCUUUUCCUGUCUUUAAUCUCUGUCUGGUUGUGAUAGCAUACUGUUACUAGGGUUUAGCAUAUUUUUUAGAGAUGGGUUCUGUACCAUUUUUUUGUUCAGACAUUACCUUGCAUGGUGGGCAUUUGGGAGGAUGCCAUCAUGGUGAUGAAGCUGUGAUAAUCAGAAUAUUUUUUAUAUGAAUGGAUCAAAGGUUGGUGCUCUA